AACUUUCUGUUAGCUUAUUAUUAUUCAAUACGUUCGAUAAUAUCAAAAUGCAAGAUACCGAAAAUACAAAUAAUACAAAUGAAUGGGUCAAUUGGAUUGAAGAAGCUGUUGAUAAAGAAUAUUUAAAAUUUUAUGAAUAUGAAGAUUUUAAUAAUAUUCAACAUAUUAGUACUGGAGGUUUCGGAAACGUAUAUCGUGCAAAUUGGAAAAAUUCAGGAAAACUAGUUGCAUUAAAAUCGUUUAUUAGUCUUAAUAACCUCACCAUGAAAGAAAUCGUUCGUGAGUUAAAAAUUCAACGCAAAGUUGAUUUCCAUGAUAACAUUAUUAGUUGCUAUGGAGUAACAAAACUUGAGUUAGAAAAUCAUAAUAAUUAUCGGUUAGUAUUGGAAUACGCCGACGGUGGUACUCUUCGAAGUUAUUUAAAGAAAAAUUUUAACAAGCUUACUUGGGAUGACAAAUAUAAUAUGGCAUACCAGUUAUCUUGUGCCGUAUCAUGCUUACAUAAUGAAAAAAUAGUGCAUCGUGAUUUGCACUCCUGUAAUAUACUAGUCCGUAAUAACACAAUCAAAUUAGCAGAUUUUGGAUUAUCUAAAAGAAUUGGAGCAUCGUCUAAUCUUCAAUCUAAAUUAUUUGGUGUGGUUCCUUAUGUCGAUCCAAAAAGCUUUAGUAGACGAAGAAAUAAUAAUAAUCAAUCAACACAAAUGUUCUCAUUAAAUGAAAAAAGUGAUAUUUAUAGUAUAGGCGUAUUAUUUUGGGAAAUAUCUAGUGGGCAGCCUCCUUUUUAUGUUGAGGAUGAAGAAUAUGAUAUUGGUUUAGCUGUGGAAAUUUUACAAGGUCUUAGAGAAACUGUUGUUCCUGAUACUCCUGAAGAAUAUAUUAAAAUUUAUACCGAGUGUUGGGAUGGGGAACCAGAUAAUCGUCCAACUAUAUAUCAAGUAGUUGAUUGGCUAAAUGAAAUAACUACAAAAUCAGAUGUAAUAGUAGAUAACCAUCAAAUGUCAAAUGAACAAGAAAAUGAUUUUUUUAUAAGUACUAAUAAUUUAGAAUUACGAGAUUUAUCUCAACCUUUUCAAAAUUUUGAUAAAAUGAAUACUAAAGAAAUUGAUUCUAUGGCAAUAUCAAGUAAACAAGAAAAUCUUUCAACUGAAAAGGAUUUUAAUAUUAUAGUUGAUGAAAUAAAUGAUUUAAUUUAUAAAUUAGGAAAUAAAGGAAUCAAUUGG